CGAGUCGGACCUCCAUCGACCAGCAUCAGAGGGUUCAGUAGACAUUCGUACCGAGCUCUUCACUCACUUCGCUCUGUAACCCGCAUACCCUAUCCCAUUGUGCAGACGAGAAGAACGAUAAGAUGAAGGAGCUGAUUCGCAAAAAGUUCAUGGAGUACCUUGACCGGGCUGAGAAGCUGAAGCAGCAUCUGGCGCAAGCGCAGGAGGCAAAGGGAAGGGCCGCCAUUGGUGCUAACGGAGGAGAGAAGGGUGUGGGAGGAGCAGCAAAUGGCAAAGGUGGCGAUGACGAUGACGUGGAUCCAGACACAAAGAAGCUCAGAGCUGGGCUGUCGAGCGCUAUCCUCUCCGAGACGCCCAACAUCAGCUGGGACGAUGUCGCCGGUCUCCAGACGGCAAAGGAUGCCCUGAAGGAGGCCGUCAUCCUGCCCAUCCGGCAUCCGCAUCUCUUCACGGGCAAGAGGACACCGUGGAGGGGUAUCCUCCUGUAUGGACCUCCUGGUACCGGUAAAUCUUAUCUAGCAAAAGCAGUCGCCACUGAGGCGAAGAGUACCUUCUUCAGUGUUUCGAGUUCGGACUUGGUCAGCAAGUGGAUGGGAGAGAGUGAAAGGCUGGUGAAGCAGCUGUUCCAGAUGGCUCGAGAGGCAAAGCCUUCGAUCAUUUUCAUCGACGAAGUCGACUCGCUCUGUGGUACUCGAGGAGAAGGAGAGUCAGAGGCUUCGAGACGCAUCAAGACUGAAUUCCUGGUGCAGAUGAACGGUGUUGGCAAUGAUGAUGCAGGUGUGCUGGUGUUGGGGGCGACGAACAUCCCUUGGGCUCUGGACAUCGCCAUCAAGCGACGAUUUGAGAAGCGCAUCUACAUUCCGCUUCCCGAGGCCGAAGCUCGUGAGCGACUCUUCAAGCUCAACGUCGGGGACACCCCUUGCAAGCUCACACCUGCCGACUACCGCCAACUCGGCAAGAUGACAGAUGGCUACAGUGGUUCGGACAUUGCCGUUCUAGUGCGAGACGCUCUCAUGCAGCCUGUGCGUAAAGUCCUUGGUGCCACCCACUUCAAGCAAAUCACAGCGCCGGCGAAGCCGAAGGCAGGGGAGGAGCAAAAUCCAGCCGAUGGAGAGGUGACGGAGAUGAGGCAAUACUGGACUCCAUGCUCGCCUGGGGAUGCUGGAGCUACAGAGAAGAGUUGGGAGGACAUCGAUGCAGACUCGUUGUUGGAGCCUCCGCUGGUGCUCAAGGACUUCAUCAGGGCCAUUGAUAUGGUGAAGCCGACGGUGGCUCAGUCGGAUAUUGCACAGCAUCUCAAGUGGACUUCGGAUUCGGGAGUAGAGUAGAGUUGAGGAGAAGUGGUGUGCUUCGAUUUCGGUAAUAUAGUCCAGUUACAUGCUAGAUGCUUGGACAGUGGUGAUUGGCUCUGCACACAGUCGUCGUCUGCGAAUUGCCUCACUCUUCCAGUCGCCGUGUCGCUUCAUGUACUGUCACCGCCCAAGGUUCCAGCGGUUGCAGAGUGGGAAUAUUGUGCCUCUAGAGGUUGCCCCCUUUGGCCCGCCUUACUAGUGCUGCAUGUUACGGGCUCUGCCUGCCUGACGCCCCGAUGGCGUUGUGCAGCUUGUCCUCUGGCCUCGCGUCAGCAGUGCA